CACGUCUGAUAAAGCAUAUUGUAUAUAAAGUGUUGUGGUUAAAAGGGAAAAUCAAAGAGCAAAGUAACCCACGUUUGUUUAUCCGGUCGACGCAUGGCUGCCUCUAUUGUUGAUUACCUCUUCAUCCACACCGUGAAGAACCCUUGCAUGACUGUGUGUUGCAUUGCAGCGUGGGAGCUCUGCUGUAGGAGGACACCUGGCUGGGUACACAGCAGAAGUCACUGACGAUGGUAGUUUCCGUGCUGAAGGCGCUGCCCACGCAGCUGGUGAUGGUGUCAGUGAUGCCUCUGGUGCGGCUCCUGCUGAUGGGGGUGAUGGAGCAGGCCAACCAAGCCUACAAGGACUACGACAGACCCGACGAGUUCCUCACCGAGUAUGACUUCAUCGUCGUGGGUGGAGGGUCAGCAGGGAGCGUCCUGGCGGCGAGGCUGGCUGAGGUGAGCUGGUGGAAGGUGCUGGUGCUCGAGGCUGGAGAACCACCUACUCCGGAGACCUACGUGCCAGGUCUGGUAGCCCUGGGUUAUGUCAGAGGCAACAACAACUGGGACUACCUCACCGAGCCUCAACCUCACGGCCUCAAGAACUUCGUCGACCAGCGGGCGACCAUUCUGCAUGGGCGUGCUGUGGGUGGAGGGUCGACCAUGGGCGGCAUGGUGUAUGAGAGAGGCAACAGGCGCGACUUCGAUCACUGGGCCGAGCUGGGUAACACUGGAUGGGACUACAAUAGUGUCCUCUACCACUUCAUGAAGUCUGAGAACUUCAUAGGUGAUAACAUGGGUGCUACAGAAUUUUACCACGGUCGAGGAGGCCCUCUAGCAGUGAGUCCUGGACACAGCCCUGGCAGCCUGGCCACCGCCUUCCUCCAGGCUGGACAGGAGCUCGGUUACAACAUCAUCGAUCCUAAUGGCCCUGAGACACUAGGGUUUUCGAGUCCAUACUACAACAUUAAGGAGGGUAUAAGGUCCUCGUCAGCGGAGGCUUACCUCAGACCAGCAGCAGCCUGGGACAACCUUCACAUUCUACACAGUGCUACCGUCAUCAAGCUCUACAAUGUGGGGGCCAAGCUGGAGGUGUUGGUGUGUGCUGGCUCGCUGGCCUCGCCCAAACUACUUCUUCUGUCAGGCCUCGGACCUCCUGACCACCUCAAAGAACAUGAGGUGAAGGUGGUGGCUGAGCUGGCAGGUGUUGGCCAGAACUUGCAAGAUCAUCUAGGUGUCUAUGGACUCUCCUGGACUCUCCCUGACACAGCUGCACUCCCCACUCUCUUCAACUCCAGUGCCAUAAGCGAGUAUGUUCCACACAAGAAAGGGUUAUACUCUGCACCGGUGGGGGACUUUGGCAGUGCCUGGACCAAGGUGGCUGAAGGAGGUGACAAAGACUACCCUGAUGUAGAGCUCUUCCUUUCACCUGUGUCCUUCCAUGCAGACCAGGGAUUCUUUCUUCCCUAUGCUUAUGGAUUGGAUAUAGUGAAAUAUCUUCAGUACUACGCUUCAAUCUUCGGAAAGAAAGGUUUCAGCAUGAUGGUGUCCCUUUUGCGGCCCAAGAGCCGGGGCUCACUCACACUUAAGUCAGCAGACCCAAAAGAGAAACCCAUCAUUGAUCCACAGUUCCUGAGUCACCAAGAAGACCUGCUUACACUGGCCAAGGGAGUCAAAUUUGCUGUGAAACUGGGCAAAACAUCAGCUUUCAAGACUCAAGGAGCUGAACUACACAAACAGAAAGUGCCUGGGUGUCUGGACAAGGAACUGGAAGAUGAAUACUGGCAGUGCUUUGUACAGCACAUGGCAUCUUCCUAUUGGCACACUGCUGGCACCUGCAAAAUGGGACCAACUACUGACCCUCUUGCUGUUGUUGAUGAAAGACUCAAGGUUUAUGGAGUGUCUGGGUUGCGUGUAGUGGAUGCCUCCAUCAUGCCUCUCAUCGUCUCUGGAGCCACCAACGCUGCUACCAUCAUGAUAGCUGAGAAAGCUGCCGACCUUAUCAAGGAGGACUGGGAACUUGAUGUUGAAGAAGUGGUUCUCGAAGUUGAAGGAGGAGGAUUGGACCUUGAAAUAGGAGGACAGGACCUUGAAGUUGGAGGAGUAGAAUUGGACCUUAAAGUUGGAGAAGGAUUGGAUCUUGAAAUAGGAGGACAAGACCUUAAAGUUGGAGGAGGAUUGGAUCUUGAAAUAGAACAGGACCGUAAAGUUGAAGGAGGAGGAUUAGACCUUGAAAUAGAAGGACAGGACCUUGAAGCUGGAGGAGUAGAAUUGGACCUUAAAGUUGGAGAAGGAUUGGAUCUUGAAAUAGGAGGACAGGACCUUAAAGUUGGAGGAGAAUUGGAUCUUGAAAUAGAACAGGACCUUAAAGUUGAAGGAGGAGGAUUGGACCUUAAAGUUGAAGAAGGAGGGUUGGAUCUUGAAAUAGGAGGACAGGACCUUAAAGUUUAGGACCUUGGAGUUGUAGGAUUAGGGGCUUGAAGUUCAAGGACUGGGACUUUAAAGUUGAAGAACUGUGACCUUAAUUAAGUAUGAGAAUAAAUCACAGUACUAUAGCUGAAACAAUUUACAGUAGGGCCCCGCUUUACGGCGUUUCGCCUUAUGGCAUCCCGCUGAUACGGCAAUUUCAAAUUAUGACCAAAACUCACUAAACAGCUCCUCGUCUUUCUAAUACGGUGUGCCCUACCCAGUUUGUUUACAUUCUCCGUGAGCACAUAUCUCUAUUAUGUCUGGAAACUUUCCACAAUUUCAAGUGUUUUAAAGUUAUUGAAUAUUUUAUUUGUACUCUGAUAAUUAUACUUAUGUGCACCUGUACCUAUAUAUACUUACACACUGUGCUGGUGUGCAGGUACACAUUGAAAUCACUAAGAAUCUUUCUACUCUUGCUGCCAUAUUAUAAUCUCUUGGGCGCUUUAAAUGUCGUAUAUUACAUUAAUAUAGACAUUUAGAUUAAUCCAUCUAUGAUAUUUUUUUCAAAAUUAUAUAACAAACACGCUACGUAACAUAUAAACAUGAUAAAUACAUGUCACAGUAGAAUAAAUUAACAUAAAUAUGAGAUGUGAUAGCCAGGCGACUUGUAGGAGUGACGGCAAGAAGAACUUUUUUCUUAGUCCAACAUCAGAGAAAAUGUGUACACAAUAAUAUUACUAGGGGUAACCAGAAAAUUAUUCCUUUCAUAUGCCUUCACUCAGAGCAUCAUUUCUUAUAAAAAUGGUGUUACAUGAGAAUGGGAGUGUUCCUCUUUAUUUAUUCUACUGUAUCAACAUGGAAACAACUUGUACACAAUUUAAAGUGUUUGUAGUAUGGUAGAAGAUUUACAGACAUGAGAAUGAAUGUGUAUCAACCAAAAGCAGACACGUCUGUUUGUUUACAUUAUUAAGACCACAAAUAUUUUCAGGUAAUUAAUGAAUGUACUGUACAGUGGAACCUCUACAUGCAAGUGUGUCCAUGUGCGAGUUUUUCCAAAUAUGAGCAGCCGUUGGGUCGAUUUUUUGUUUCCAUAUGCGAGCAAAAUUUCCACAAGCGAGCAGACCUCAAGGCAGGUUCCUUGACACUGGUGAAGGGCUCUUGCUCUUGAUCUUGGGAAUUGUAUCUUAUUUGUUUGUCGGACUAUCUUAUUGAAAUUUGGGCAAUGUAUGAUGGAAAGAUGCUUCUUAACAUACACCAAAAAUUAAAGAAAUCUAAGGAUAAAUAAUGGAGUUCACUUCUCAGCAAUUAGCCACCCCUUUGCGGUUAUUUUGAAGGGUUUUUAUGGUUGUAUUCUCGUUUUUUUUGGUCUCAUUUGAUAGAAUGGAAGAUAUAUUACGGAAAUAGAUAUGAUUUUAAUUGCUUUCACGACGAAAAGUACCUUGAAAUAGAGCUCAACCUAGGAGAAAUGGUCCAUUGCUUGGCUGUUUCAGGGUAAACAAAUGACAUCACUAUCCUUUCCAACAUGCAGUUGUGAAUGAGUUAACAUUAUUUAUAAAAUUAUUGCAAUAAGGACUAACAGUAAAUCUUAUAUUUUUUGUGUGAAUUAAAAUUACAAAUUAUUUAUAUAAUAAUAAUAAUAUGUAUAAUAAUAAUAGUAUAAUAAUAUAUGGUAUUUUUGUUUAAUAAAUGUAUGAAAGAGGGGAAGGUACCUAGGGAUUGGCGGAGAGCGUGUAUAGUCCCUUUAUAUAAAGGGAAGGGGACAAAAGAGAUUGUAAAAAUUAUAGAGGAAUAAGUUUACUGAGUAUACCAGGAAAAGUGUAUGGUAGGGUUAUAAUUGAAAGAAUUAGAGGUAAGACAGAAUGUAGGAUUGCGGAUGAGCAAGGAGGUUUCAGAGUGGGUAGGGGAUGUGUAGAUCAAGUGUUUACAUUGAAGUAUAUAUGUGAACAGUAUUUAGAUAAAGGUAGGGAAGUUUUUAUUGCAUUUAUGGAUUUACAAAAGACAUAUGUUAGAGUGGAUAAGGGAGCAAUGUGGCAGAUGUAGCAAGUAUAUGGAAUAGGUGGUAAGUUACUAAAUGCUGUAAAGAGUUUUUAUGAGGAUAGUGAGGCUCAGGUUAGGGUGUG